AUGUUUUCGGCAAAUAUGCUCACUUUCCUUCUUCUUGCCGUCACACCGCUACUCGCAAAAGCACAGCACAACCAGCAGACACCACUUAAAGAGCAUGGAUCUGGACUCGUUGUCCCUCUGACGCUGACUGGAGGAAAAACUUACUCUUUCCUGUCUGGGGACCGGCAAUUGAAUCUCGAGGAACUACAGGAUGUCGUGAAAAAGAACAGGAAGAGCUUUCGUCCUCAGAUCGCGUCCAUCAGCAUCCCAAUUGAUGCCGCCCAGCCAGGCAGAAUGACCUUUGGUUACGAAGAAUUCACGAGUCAGCUUUUGUCAGAUGUCGGGUGGGUCGACACGCGUAUCCCAGGUGCAGACAUGCCAACAACUCACAUCGGUGUCCGGAAAGGCGGUAUGAUAUCCAAAGACAUAUUCACCGCUCGUCUGGCACUGGACACGCCUUACAUCUCCCUUCCAAGCGAAAUCUACGACAUCCUUGUCCAAGCCACGAACCCUUCGCCCUGGCGACACGACGGCAGCUAUGGCAACGUUGUGGACUGUGGUGCCUUGGAAACAUUCCCAGAUAUUGUUCUUGGGCUUGGACCAGACGCGGAAGAAAGAGAAGACGGGGAGGACAACGAGGAUAAGGAGAUUGUCAUUACACCAAGGCAAUAUGUGUUGGAAGAUGAGGAGGGGAAAUGUAUACUUUUGGUACACAGAUCCUACCAACGCGGUCGUGAGGAGGCAGUCCUUGGAUGGGCAGCAGUGAGAGGAAAGGUGCUGGUGCUGGACUGGGUCAGUGAGAGGACAGGCUUUGGGAGAGAUGUUGGUUUGGAUACUUGUCAAUCGAUUUCGGAAUGCUCCUCUCUUGCUUGGCCACAAAGCCACAAUCGCCCUUGGUACACCUUUGUUAUUUUGUAA